ACACACACACACACACAAACACACACACAUACGGUUGUCCGCACUAAACAGCCUAAGAAACAACACACCUAAACAUAAUAUUCCAGGACUUACAUCGCCGUUCACUAGAGAAGGCCGAAGGAGACCCAAACAAGUUGGCUUUCUUCUACCUGGUUUGCCCUGGUAACGUGUUGCCAUGCCGUUCCCUUUCGGUAAGUCUCACAAGUGUCCAGCGGACAUUGUGAAGAAUCUAAAGGACAACAUGACCAUUCUGGAGAAGCAGGACAUUUCAGACAAGAAGGCUGAGAAGGCCUCUGAAGAAGUGUCCAAAUCUCUGCUGGCCAUGAAGGAGAUUCUCUACGGCACGAAUGAGAAGGAGCCGCAGACAGAAGCCGUGGCUCAGCUCGCUCAGGAGCUCUACAACAGCGGCCUGCUCAGCACCCUCGUCGCAGAUCUGCAGCUCAUCGACUUUGAGGGCAAGAAAGAUGUGGCACAGAUCUUUAACAAUAUCCUGAGACGUCAGAUCGGCACUCGGACACCUACGGUUGAAUACCUGUGCACUCAACAAAAUAUACUGUUCAUGCUGCUUAAAGGUUAUGAGUCUCCAGACAUUGCUCUGAACUGUGGGAUCAUGCUGAGGGAAUGCAUACGGCACGAGCCACUGGCCAAGAUCACCCUCUGCUCCGAGCAGUUCUACGAUUUCUUCAGAUACGUGGAGAUGUCUACCUUCGACAUCGCCUCGGACGCAUUUGCCACUUUUAAAGAUCUGCUGACGAGACACAAGCUGCUCAGCGCUGAGUUCCUGGAGCAGCACUAUGACAGAUUCUUUAGUGAAUAUGAGAAACUUCUUCACUCAGAAAACUAUGUGACUAAAAGGCAGUCUCUUAAGCUUUUGGGAGAGCUGCUUUUGGACCGGCACAACUUCACUAUAAUGACAAAGUACAUAAGCAAACCAGAGAACCUCAAGCUCAUGAUGAACCUGCUGAGAGACAAGAGCCGCAACAUCCAGUUUGAGGCCUUUCAUGUAUUUAAGGUGUUUGUGGCCAAUCCGAACAAGACCCAGCCCAUCCUCGACAUCCUGCUGAAGAACCAGACCAAACUCAUCGAGUUCCUCGGCAAGUUCCAGAACGACCGCAGCGAGGACGAGCAGUUCGGCGACGAGAAGACCUAUCUCAUCAAACAGAUCCGAGACCUCAAGAGGCCAACCCCGCAGGACGCUUGAGAAGGAUCACGACUGUACACACAUGCGUAGAGGACAUCUAGACAGUGUUUUAGGCAGCGUCUGGAUGAUGUUUGGCUCUCUGGGACGUUGAGUGGCCGCAGCACUGGGCAUGUUUUUGUGUUUUGCAGGAACCGUUAAAUGCCAUUUGAGCUCGGUGGGUGAGAAAUAUGACGACAAGGAUGAAAAGUAGUCUUGCUUUGCUGGAAAUUCAACCUGUCCUUCUGCAAUGUUUUAUUCUCAUGUUACAAAAAUCGAGCAAAAUGAACAGAAAAGGCAGAUGUAGAUGCUGCUGCUUUGCACAUAAACGAAAGAGGGUUCUGUACCUCAUACACAAACAUACACUCAAAUGGCUCUUGAUGCUAAUUGGAUAUUAAUGUAUUCCAGGAAAGAUAUUCAGAUGCACAUUUGUGCUCAUUUUGAGGUUGCAUACAGUGAGUGAGUGAACGUGUACAUAGGCUUUUUCAUUUUUAUGGUUGCUAUCAGACUCAUUUUCAAAGAC